AUGGCGUUUAAUGAGAAACUUGCUUUCCGACAACCCCGCCUAAAUCCCUUUGAUCGUGGAGAUGAAGAAGAUGGUCUCCAAGGAGGCAAGACACCCCCACUGCACGAAUCAAGACCUGAGCUGUUCCCUGGGACCAGAAACCACAGUUCGACCCGGACUAUGGACCUUGGUCUAGCUGAGGAUCACUUCUCAAGGCCUAUGGGUUUGAUUGUGGCUCCCGACAUUGAACAGCUGAAAAUGGCCAUAGAAGAGUGUAAGAAGCUGAUUCUGGAACUGCCGGAACACUCUGAGAGACAAAAGGACACUGUAGUGAAACUUAUCCACCUUCGUCUCAAACUACAGGAACUUAAGGACCCUGGGGAGGAUGAGCCUAAUCUUAGAAUCCUACUGGAGCACCGCUUUUCCAAGGAAAAGAGCAAGAGCGUGAAACAGACCUGUGACAAGUGUAGCACUAUCAUCUGGGGCCUUAUCCAGACUUGGUAUACCUGCACAGGUUGCUAUUAUCGUUGCCAUAGUAAGUGUAUGAACUUGAUCACCAAGCCCUGUGUCAGGUCAAAGGUCAGCCACCAGUCGGAGUUCGAGCUCAGCAUCUGCCCUGAGAUUGGACUAGACCGACAAGACUACCGCUGUGCAGAAUGUCGCACACCUAUUUCACUAAGGGGCGUGCCAAGUGAAGCCAGACAGUGUGACUACACAGGCCAGUAUUACUGCAGCACAUGCCACUGGAAUGACACGGCCAUCGUCCCAGCCCGUGUCAUCCACAACUGGGAGUUUGAAUCACGCAAGGUUUGUCGCUCCUCAAUGCGCUACCUGGCUCUGAUGAUCUCACGACCUGUGCUGAAGCUAAAAGAAAUCAACCCGCUGCUAUUCAACUUUGUGGAGGAACUGGUCGAGAUCAGGAAACUCCGUCAGGAUAUUUUGUUGAUGAAACCUUAUUUUAUUACCUGUAAGGAGGCCAUGGAGGCUCGGCUAUUACUACAGCUUCAAGAUCGACAACAUUUUGUGGAGAACGACGAUAUGUACUCACUACAGGAUUUGAUUGACAUCUCCAGUGGCAGACUCAGCUGUUCCCUCACAGAGGUCCACACCACGUUUGCUAAGCACAUUAAACUAGACUGUGAGCGUUGUCAGGCCAAAGGAUUUGUGUGUGAGCUGUGUAAGGAAGGAGACAUACUGUUCCCUUUUGACAGUCAUACCUCAGUCUGCCAUGACUGCUCUGCUGUCUUCCACAGAGAUUGUUACUAUGACAACUCAACAACUUGUCCGCGAUGUGCCCGAAUGACCGAACGCAAGCAGGACGAGGUGCCAGUUGUGAAAGAUGCGUAAGUCUGGAGAGGACCACCUGAAGCGACUUCAGAGUUGAACUUUGCCUCAUGGGGGCGCUCCUCGCUGAAUAAAGUCUGACAGAAGUCUAGCUUUUAGUUUUUGUCCUUGGUUGGGUUUCUGUACAUGUUUAUACUGUAGUGUCUUUAACUUCAUGUGCAGGGUACUUAGAAACCCAUCUGGAAAUUAAUAUUUUUUUUUUUACCCAACUUUUUAAUUCAUACUGAAAUUGGAUGUAUUGAACACUGUAUGUGUGAGUGAUUUGCAUUAGUGUGUGCGUCUGCUUGUAUAAAUGUAUAAAAUACAUGCUGAGAAACGCCACCUCAGCAGAUGGUGAUUAUGCAUGCAGGAGUUGUUUUAUAUUAACUAUAGCAAACCAUGACUGCAUUAACCUACACUGCCAAUUUUACUUAACUUUAAGGUUGCCAUAUACAAAGAUUGGUUUUGAAUUUCAAUGACUAUAAUUCCAGAUUCCAAAGACUAAAAUCGCCUUUCAGCUUCCAGUUGUAUGUUUUUAUUUUAUUUACAAAUCUUUGUAAACAUGUUUUUUGAAAGUUAAGUGCACUGAGCCGUCAUUUCCCAGCAUCAGUUUACGAAGUUAAUUAAGUUAGUAUGACACAACAAAGAAUGCAGUUUAACUAGUUUACGAUAAGAAACCAAUUUAAUAUGCGUCACUCACAACACUGUACAAGUCCUAAGGCGGUUCACACUGGUCCUCCACUUAUAAAACAUGCCUAUUUUCAUCUCGGUCAUAUUUCAUAUGUUUAAAGUUUCAGAAGGACUUCAGAAAAUAUGUCCAGGUCUUACAGCAAUAUUUAUUUCUAGCAUAGACUUUUGAGUUUGUUUAUUGUCAAUUCAUCAACUGGAUAAUGUAAAAAAUGAUAUUGCUGGCAAGUCUUUGACAAGAAAGGUUGUAUCUAUACAAUCAUCAACACCAUUAUUUGAAGAAAAAAAAAGAAAAUAUAUAUAUAUAGUAUUGGCAACAGAAAUGUAAUCAAAGCAUGCAUGCAUCACUUGUACAUAUUCUAGGAGAAUUGUUUAACUUAAAAAAAUAUAUUGAAGUUAACUGUGCUUUCCUUUGUUCAAAACUGUGAACUCAUUUUAGACUCGUGUGUUUGCUCUGGUUCAGUUUGGUGCAGCGUGUAACAAAUCGAUGAAUCCUCAUGAACAUUGUUGCCUCAGCUGGUCAGGUCCAAAUGUCUUAAUACACUUUGCAUCAUGUUAAUGCUUUCAGUCUUCAUGCACAUACACAUGUCCAGAGAUGUGAAGAGACACCUUUGGUAAUGAGUUGACCGUCUGAGGUAUUUACUUUAAACUAAUGAGUUUUGGCUGUCUUAUCUUUCAGCAUGAUUUCAAACUAAGGGACAUACUUGGUGUUGGUAAAAACCAUGCCCUGUUGUUAACCGUGGAGUAGUGAAUGAAUAAAGUCAUUAACUAUA